AUGGCAGAAUCUGAAGAUAUUCAGCCUCUUGUUUGUGACAAUGGUACUGGAAUGGUGAAGGCAGGAUUUGCUGGAGAUGAUGCUCCAAGGGCUGUAUUUCCCAGCAUUGUUGGUCGCCCUCGCCACACGGGUGUGAUGGUUGGUAUGGGGCAAAAGGAUGCCUAUGUAGGGGAUGAGGCUCAAUCAAAAAGAGGUAUUUUGACCUUGAAAUAUCCGAUUGAGCAUGGUAUUGUUAGCAAUUGGGAUGACAUGGAGAAGAUCUGGCAUCACACAUUCUACAACGAGCUUCGUGUUGCCCCAGAAGAGCAUCCAGUUCUCCUGACAGAAGCACCCCUUAACCCCAAGGCCAAUCGUGAAAAAAUGACUCAAAUCAUGUUUGAGACAUUCAACACUCCGGCUAUGUACGUUGCAAUCCAGGCUGUCCUUUCCCUAUACGCUAGUGGACGCACAACUGGUAUCGUUCUCGACUCAGGGGAUGGUGUGAGCCACACAGUUCCAAUUUAUGAAGGGUAUGCCCUCCCACAUGCCAUCCUUCGUUUGGACCUGGCAGGUCGUGAUCUUACAGAUGCCCUUAUGAAAAUCUUGACUGAACGUGGUUACUCUUUCACCACCACUGCUGAGCGGGAAAUUGUGAGGGACAUGAAGGAGAAAUUAGCAUAUAUUGCUCUUGACUAUGAACAAGAGCUAGAGACUUCAAAGACCAGCUCAUCUGUGGAGAAAAGUUAUGAGCUACCUGAUGGACAGGUGAUCACCAUCGGGGCUGAAAGAUUCCGCUGCCCUGAAGUCCUCUUCCAGCCAUCCAUGAUUGGAAUGGAAGCUGCUGGUAUCCAUGAAACCACAUACAAUUCUAUUAUGAAGUGUGAUGUUGAUAUUAGGAAGGAUCUCUAUGGCAAUAUUGUCCUUAGUGGAGGCUCCACUAUGUUCCCUGGCAUUGCUGAUAGGAUGAGCAAAGAGAUUACAGCAUUAGCUCCAAGUAGCAUGAAAAUUAAGGUCGUAGCACCACCGGAGAGGAAAUAUAGCGUCUGGAUUGGAGGCUCCAUUUUGGCAUCCCUCAGCACCUUCCAACAGAUGUGGAUUGCAAAGGCAGAGUAUGAUGAAUCUGGUCCCUCAAUUGUCCACAGGAAAUGCUUCUAA